AUGGAACAAAACAGUCAACCAAACCAGAUUCCUCAAAUAUUGUCACCUUCCCACUAUAUGCGCGACGAUUCUUAUGAUGUCGGGGAGCGUAGGCAACUUGCUAUCCCAGCCUUUCUAUCUUUACUACGAGACGCAAAAGCCGCUACCAGUGCCCAACGUAUCUUUGAUAUCGAAAUGUCAAAGAUCGACGAAAAAGACGUUCGAGACCUCAUCACUGAGAUUUUGGAAGAAUUUCCCCACAACGUUCUCCGUCCCGGCGAAGAACUGGUUCGACUAGCCUCAGCCCGACGGAAAUUGGAACAAAAAGCUGAGAUGAAGAGAGAGGCCGAGGAGAAGAGAAAGGACGAAGCUCGGGAGAAACGUCUGAAAAGUAUCGAGUGGCUGAGAGACCAAUGGGCAGGACGUAGUGGCUCCCUUGAGAGUGACAGUACCGAACCGACACCAGGCUCCAAAGAUUCUAUCGACGAAGCAUGA